AUGAAGAGGAAGCUGGCACUCUCCGAGAUGCAGUUGGUUCUUCUCGUUUUAUUGGUGUGGCUACCAACAAGAUCAGUGCUGGCUGACUCCCUGGAAGACGAAGCUAAGAAUAACAUCACCAUCUUUACAAGAAUUCUAGACAGACUUCUGGAUGGUUAUGAUAAUCGUCUCAGACCUGGAUUAGGAGAUAGUAUUACUGAAGUCUUCACUAACAUCUAUGUGACCAGUUUUGGACCUGUUUCAGAUACUGAUAUGGAAUACACAAUAGAUGUUUUCUUCCGUCAGAGAUGGAAGGAUGAGAGAUUAAAGUUUAAGGGCCCAAUGAACAUUCUUCGAUUGAACAACUUAAUGGCCAGCAAAAUCUGGACCCCAGAUACAUUUUUUCACAACGGGAAGAAGUCAGUGGCUCAUAACAUGACAAUGCCAAACAAGCUUCUACGAAUCCAAGACGAUGGGACUCUCUUGUACACCAUGAGGCUUACAGUCCAAGCUGAAUGUCCAAUGCACUUGGAGGACUUCCCUAUGGAUGCUCACUCAUGCCCACUGAAAUUUGGCAGCUAUGCGUACACAACUUCAGAAGUGACAUACAUUUGGACUUACAAUGCUUCAGAUUCAGUGCAAGUGGCACCAGAUGGUUCAAGAUUGAAUCAGUAUGAUCUUUUAGGCCAAACAAUUGGAAAAGAGACAGUUAAAUCAAGUACAGGCGAAUAUACAGUAAUGACGGCUCAUUUUCACUUGAAGAGAAAAAUUGGUUAUUUUGUCAUUCAGACUUACCUCCCCUGUAUCAUGACUGUCAUUCUCUCUCAAGUGUCAUUCUGGCUGAACAGAGAAUCCGUACCUGCCAGGACAGUCUUUGGAGUAACAACUGUGUUGACAAUGACAACACUGAGCAUCAGUGCUCGAAAUUCACUCCCCAAAGUAGCAUAUGCAACAGCUAUGGAUUGGUUUAUUGCUGUUUGUUAUGCGUUUGUAUUCUCUGCAUUAAUUGAAUUUGCAACUGUAAAUUACUUCACAAAACGAGGAUGGGCCUGGGAUGGAAAAAGUGUGGUGAAUGAUAAGAAAAAAGAAAAAGCAUCUGUCAUUAAGAAAAACAAUGCCUAUGCAGUGGCUGUUGCCAACUAUGCUCCAAAUAUUACCAAGGACUCAGUGCUACCAACCAUCUCCAAGAGUGCUACAACUGCAGAACCCAACAAGGCAAAACCAGAAGCGAAGCCACAGGAAGCAAAGAAGACAUUCAACAGUGUUAGCAAAAUUGACAGAAUGUCUAGAAUAGUGUUUCCAGUCUUAUUUGGUACUUUUAAUUUAGUGUAUUGGGCUACAUAUUUAAAUAGGGAGCCUGUCUUACUUGGCUUUGCGCCAUCAACCUAA